GCUUCCUCCACUGCACCAUGCUAUUUUCUCACCCUGUCCUGUAUCCCUGAGCCCUUCGGAUGCUCGGUUUUUGUUGUUCGUCUUUGUGCUGACUAGGGGCUUUCUUGUCGCCUUUGCUCGCCGCUACUAUCGCUCGCAUCAAGUGUAUGGCUGGAGACAUACACUAGAUGUCGACCCAGCCGCAGAUCCCAUUACCCCAGGUCGGGAAGCUCGUCAGCGUGGUUCCAGUUGGUCUCAAGGAGGCUGCUCUCGACUCGCCUACGUUCCGUGCUACCACCUUUCACUUCUCCGACCAGAUCGAAUUCCUGGAAAGAUGGCUCGACGGCUAUGCGAGGGCCGCUUCGAAGCUCGCUACAGAGCUUGCGGCCAUGGAGAGCGCGGUGAACAUCUUUCUGUCUUACUCCACGAACCCUCUUCUCGUCUCGGAAGCGGUUCUUGAUCAUGAUUACACCCUACAGUCGAUGAAGCGGAGUGGGGAUAGCUCGAGAGAUAUGUGGAAUGGACUGAUAUCUACUGUCAAAAAGAUGGAAGCUCUCAUUUCUGAGCCCAUCCGGGCUUUCAUCCAGGACGAUUUGCGAAAUUUCAAGGAGUCCCGCCGCACCCUCGACCAGACCCAGAAACAGUACGACUAUUUGUUGGCUAGAUACUCAUCGCAAUCCAAGACCAAAGAACCGUCGUCCCUAAGGGAAGAUGCGUUCCAACUUCAUGAAGCUCGCAAAGCUUACCUCAAAGCGUCGAUGGACUACUCCAUCCAGGCCCCUCAAUUACGAAAUGCGCUCGACCGACUAUUGGUUCGAGUCUCUUACGACCAGUGGCGGGAGCUUAAGAUCUUUCAUAAUAGCAAUGGCACGGCGUUCUCGAAAUGGAGUCAAGAGAUGGAUCGCAUCAAAGGCUGGGUUCACGAGAUGGAAGGGAGUGAGAGGUCUUCCAAGCGAGAGCUCCUGUCUUCCCGGAAACAGAUUGAAGAAGCAGCGGAGACUGCUGCGAGGCCAUCCCGAGAACUCGAAGACUACUCUGUGUCCACUGUCCCCUACCUCGGCUCUCGUCCGCUGUCAACGGCCAGCAUGACCAAAGAGACUAGACCGGAAAAGCAAGGAUGGGUGUUUCUCCGAACCCUUUCCGGCAAGCCCACUCGCACUGUCUGGGUGAGACGGUGGGCUUUCCUGAAGCAUGGCAUCUUCGGCUGCCUCGUCCAGGGGUCACGAACUGGUGGUGUUGAGGAGAGCGAGAGAAUCGGAGUUCUGCUCUGUAGUGUUCGAGCCGCCUUCCAAGAGGAGCGACGGUUUUGCUUUGAGGUUAAGACGAAAAGCAACACUAUCAUGCUUCAGGCCGAGACCCAGAAAGAACUUAUGGAUUGGAUUGCUGCUUUUGAGGCCGCCAAGCGAAAGGCGCUGGAGAACCCGGCCAGUACCGAUCUUUCAGUGUCCGGCAAAGUGACUGUCCAGGAUCCCGCUUUCGCAAUCUCACAGCCACCCGCGCCAGAAUUCGCUACUGACCCUUCCGAGUCGCUUACACCACGGACGAGCGAUGACCAGGGUGCUUCAGACCGCAGCGGCAUGCUCGCUCUACCGGAAAGAGACCCUUCGGCCCUUAGGAAUAGCAGCGAUCUCAGCAGUUACAGAAGGUUGACUACGGUGGAUUCCGACAACCCCGCCCGCGAACACGCAUCUCGUAUCAUGCAGAAGCUGGAUCUUCACCGCAAAUCAAACAAUGCAGUGGCGCCGUCUCCUUCAUUGCCGGGUAUUGGGGGUGGCAUCGCGAGCCUGAUCUCGGCCAGUCACAGUGCUCUUGGACCGGGGAGUCCUCCUGUGACUCUUGACGCUGAUGGCAAUAGGACUCGUAGUUCGACGUUGGGUAACGACUCCCCUACCUCUCUUGCCCCAGCGACUCUGGCAAACCCUCCUGCUCCUACAAGCAUGAGCAAGGCAGCAGUGGUCGUGAGCAACGAACGGGGUAUAGGAUUGGGUCAAGCCGACAAAACCGGCGGCAUGCCGAGUGGUAUGAUGGCGAAUCUCUGGGGUAGCUCGAACUGGGGUUUCAUGAAUCGGAUCGAGCGUGAACGCAUGGGAAUGCCUGGUGAUCAGGUCUCAGGCUCCGACAAGCCGUCCUCGCCAGCAAAUGAUCCAUCCAAACAAUUCUUGACCGCCGAAGCUGCUACGUCUAGUGGGUCUACAGGGACCCGGCCGAAGUCACGCCACAGGCAGACGAUGAGCCUGGACGACCCAUCCAAAGUGCAGCGGGCGUUGCUGAGCGAUGUGCACGACUACCCCAGUUACUACCCGCCGCAGCUUAAGAUACAAGAUGCGCAGUUUCGGCUACUAUUUCCUGACAUCAAGAGGGAAGAGCCUUUGGUCAUGGUGUUCCGAGCUACAUGGAACCCCAACGAUCAGCAAGACUUCCCUGGAAGAGCAUAUGUUACCACUCAGAAUAUUUACUUCUACAGCCACCACUUUGGGCUGGUCCUCACGACCAGCAUCUCAUUGGAGAGUAUAAAGGAAGUCACUGCCGCCCCGGGAAGGGACUGCGACUUUCUGUUCCUUCAUAUGAUCCCGCCUCCUGGCGACGAUACCCCGGGCCGCGGAACUGUCAAGACGUUCCUCGAGCCCCUGAGGCUCCUCCAGCGGCGACUCAAUUUCUUGAUCCAUAAUUGCACUGCUGCCGAGCCAUUGGGCCUGGAAGCGACGUUUAAGACUUUGAACCGGAUGGAGACCGAAGCAUUAACGCGGACUCCCAGCCUGGAUAGCUGGGAGGAUGUGGCCGCUGGGGAUGACAAGUUCGACGGGGCAGAAAGUGCCGUGGAAGUCCCAAAGAAAGAUAUUGGAGUCUAUAUUGACAACGACUUGGACAUGCAUAAGAAGAAUGGCACUGGCAAGGACACUCCCAAGUUCCGGUUGCCAACACAGCCCGUUCAGUAUGUUCCUCAAGGCGAUCUGCAUUUGGCAGCGGAGAAGGUACUCGACAUAAGUGCAAAGGCGGUCUUCCAUAUCCUCUUUGGCGACAAGAGUGCGGUCUGGCAGCUCCUCCUACACCAACGACGAGCGAAGGGCAUCAAACAAGGGCCGUGGGUCAGACAGGAGUCGAACCAUCUAAGACGGGAUUUGCAUUACCAGAUUGAGACGGCUGAUGCACUUGGACGCACCCAUAGCAAAGAAAUCUCGGACUACCAGAUGAUCGACGUCCUGAAUGAUCAUCUCUGCUAUGUUAUCACGGACAAGCGGACGCCUUGGCAUCUUCCUUUCAAGCGGUCAUUCAGGCUGGUCAGCAAGGUCGUGAUCACCUUUGUCGCCAAGGGAAAGAGCAAGCUCUCGAUCUAUACUAAAGUGGAAUGGCUAUGGUCCCCGUAUGGCCUUCAACAUAUCAUCGACAAAAGCGCGAGCCAUGACCUGGAGCAAGACGCGUUGGAUCUGGUCGAUCUGGUUAACGAUCAGGUUCGUCGACUCGGCGCGCAUAGCCGGACUAAGAAGGCCAUCACGAUUUUCGGACACAUCGGACGGCAGAGCUUUGCAUCUCAAUUCUCGCCCCAAGGAGACUUGCAACUCGAGCCGCGCAACCCCCGGGUCCAGAGGACCCUGGCUCAGCUCUUGUUUGAGACGCUUGUCUCCGGCCUUGAGACCAUUGUUUCCGACCUGAUGAUGUGGACGUUCGCUUUUCUACGUUGGGUGUGGAAGACCACCAAUGCCAAUAAGGUCAUCCUCAUCUUGUUACUAUCGAGCAUGUUGAUUAACGGGUUCUAUUCCUCGCGUGAUGCCUAUGAAUGGUGGCAUGACAGGACGGUCGGGAACUUUAUGGCCCGCAUCGGGGUCGGUCCAGACAAUGUGAUGACCAAAGCUAUCUACAUGAGAGAUAUCGACGACGCCAUUGCCAAUACGACCGUCGGACAUGGGAGUGACAAUGUGAGCGACUGCUUUGCCACCUUCCACCAGCAGACAGUCCGCAACCCUGGCAACACGAUCUCCCUAGGCACAUCCGGAUUCAGAGACUCCAUGACCAGGAGCGCGGCCCGCAGGAUUCAGCAGACGCGCGAGCGUCUGGGUUCGUACCGACACGACCUCCUGGUCGCACUGCGGGUGGUCAACAGCAUCGAAAGGGAAGUCGUUCAAAGCGAGUGGGAACGCUGGCUGAAGCAGGAGCUGCGACGAUGCCGCCAAGUCCAGAUUCUUCUUGGUAAACGCGAAGGAGAUGAAGAUGUAGACCUCGAGGUGGACCGUACCGGUCAGCGUGUCUUUGCUGAACUCACGGACGAUGUCCAGCAAUGGUACGAAACAUACUGCACGAGUUGUCAGGCGGAGCACGCGCAGAUUGAAGACGAGGGAUCUUUUGGUGUUGCAUAGACAUUUGUCACAUGGCGGAGGAAGCAUGGUGUUUUGUCUGUCCGUUACUUGCUUGUUCACGAUACCCGGCUGCAGUUGAUCCCUGUGAUUUGUCGAUGCUGAAGGUGCCCGGCUUGUUGCGUCUCUGUGUAUAUAUUCGAUUUGACUGCAGAUAAAUUGUCUUGCUGUUGCUGCUCUUCCCACCUUCAUCACCAUCCUCAACAACAGCCUUAAUUCUGCCUCGGCUUCACCGCACCAUCAUGCACAACAUAGUACACGAUCG